GUUCGCCCGGCGGAUCGCUCAGGAGUCCUCCGCGAGUCGCGCCGAGUCGAGUGGAACCGAUUCGAGCCGAGCCGAACGGAGCCGAGCCGAGCCGAGCCGAGCCGAGCCGGAUCGCCCGGGAGACAAAAGUGGUGCUUGUGUUUGGUGUUUUGUGAUUGUGCGUUUUCGCGGCGGCCGCAGCAGGGAGCUCUUUCGUUUCCUUCCGAGGCUCGACAAGAAGUAAGCCGAAGACAUGGACGCGGCCGAGUUCAAAGUCCGCGGCCAGGAGAUGGUGGAGUACAUCUGCAACUACCUGGAGGACGUCGGCUCCAGGCGCGUCACCUCCACCGUGGAGCCCGGCUACCUCCGCCCCCUGCUGCCCAAGGAGGCGCCCCAGGAGCCCGAGGACUGGGACCAAAUCCUCGCCGACGUGGACUCCAAGAUCAUGCCCGGGAUCACACACUGGCAGCACCCGAGGUUCCACGCCUACUUCCCCUCCGGAAACUCGUACCCGUCCAUCCUCGGCGACAUGCUGUCCGACGCCAUCGGCUGCAUCGGCUUCUCCUGGGCCGCCAGCCCCGCGUGCACGGAGCUGGAGACCAUCGUCACAGACUGGUUCGGCAAGGCGCUGGGCCUCCCGGACGACUUCCUGAGCCAGGGCAGUGGCGGCGGCGUCAUCCAGAGCUCGGCCAGCGAGUGCGUGCUGGUGAGCAUGCUGGCCGCGCGCGCGCACGCCAUCCGCCAGCUGCGGCGCGCCGAGCAGCCCAAGAGCCCCGCGUCGCCGUGCCCCAGCGACACUGACGACGACGGCCUGCUGGACAACGAGGCCGCCGGCGAGGAGACGGCCACGGACAGCACGUACCUACCGCGCCUCGUGGCCUACUGCUCCAGGGAGUCGCAUUCGUGCGUGGAGAAGGCGGCGCGCAUCGCGCUGGUGCGGCUGCGCAUCCUGGAGCCCGACGAGCACAGCGCCCUGCGCGGCGCCACGCUCGCCAAGGCCAUGGAGGCGGACGUGCGGCGCGGCCUGGUGCCCUUCUUCGUGUCCACCACGCUGGGCACCACGUCGUGCUGCUCGUUCGACAACCUGACCGAGAUCGGCCCCGUGGUGCGCCGCCACCCGGACGUCUGGCUGCACGUGGACGGCGCGUACGCCGGCAACGGCUUCAUCUGCCCCGAGCUGCGCGUCCACAUGCAGGGCAUCCAGUACGCCGACUCGUUCAACACCAACCCCAACAAGUGGCUGCUCACGUCGUUCGACUGCUCGUGCCUGUGGGUGCGCGACCGCCUGCGCCUCACGUCCGGCCUCAUCGUGGACCCGCUGUACCUCCAGCACUCCAACAUGGACGAGACCAUCGACUACCGCCACUGGGGCAUCCCGCUGAGCCGCCGCUUCCGCGCGCUCAAGCUGUUCUUCGUGCUGCGGCGCUACGGCAUCGCCGGCCUGCAGCGCUACGUGCGCAACCACAUCAAGCUGGCCAAGAGCUUCGAGGCGCUGGUGCGCGACGACCACCGCUUCGAAGUCUGCAACGACGUCAGGCUGGGGCUGGUGUGCUUCCGCCUCCGCGGCCCGGACCGCAUGAACCAGCAGCUGCUGGCCGCGCUCAACGAGUCCGGCAAGCUGCACAUGAUCCCCUCCAUGGUGCGCGGCCGCUACGUCAUCCGCUUCUGCGUGGUCGCGGAGCACGCCACCGAGGCCGACAUCGAGCACGCGUGGGAGGUGAUCUCGGAGCACGCCACGGACCUGCUGGACGAGGUGCCGCUGUCCCCGGUGGCGCGCAAGACACCGCGCACGCCCACCGAGCUGGCCGAGAAGCUGUCCCUGACGCGCACGCUGUCGCGCCGCCACAGCUUCGUGCGCUCCGUGUCGCGUGUGCAGUACCAGCGCUCGCUGUCCAGGACGUCGCUGUACGACGGCGCCACGCCCAUCACGGUGCCGGAGGACGAGGCCGGCGACGACCUCAGCCUCAGCCUCAGCCUGGGCAGCAGCGACAGCGUGGUCGGCAGCCCCUGCUCGUCGGGCUUCGGCGGCUUCGGCCACGGCCACGGCCUGGCCGGCCUCAACCUCGGCAACUCCUUCCACUGCAGCACCCCGACCAUCUGCGAGGAGGACCCCCUGGGCCUCGUCCUGGACCAGCAACGGCAGAAGCAACAACAACAGCAGCAACAUCAGCCGCAAGAGAACGGCGACCAGGCUGAGCGCGCCGCCGCCCUCCCGCCCCCCGCCGCCCCAACCCCGGCGUCGGCCAUGGCCAAGAAGGCCUUCAGCACGGGGCUGCUGGGCAGGACCCCCGUGAAGAACGCGUAGGCAGCUUACCUUUCGUCCUCGACUGUUAUCUUCUGGGAAUGAGUCUGCGUUUGCGGAAUAAUGCGUUUCCUGGAUAAAGUAAUUUAUUCUUGUAUAGGUUCCACGUAUCUGUGUAACCUUUGUGAUGCGACUCCGUGUUUUACAGUGCGAGCCGAAGACUCAGAGGCUGAGUAGGACAAGUAUUGCUACGGCGGGGCGCGGUGAUGUUGUAAUUUAUUUUAUUAAUUUGUAUUAAAUCGUCUUGAACGUGUGUGA